AUAGUGUUAUAUGUUAAAAGAUUUGCCAAAGUGAGAUAACUCUUGGGAUUUAAAUCUCAGCAGCUAACCAGUUUGAGUUUAUAGCUGGACUAGAAAUUAAGAAGGCUUAAAUGCAUUCAGAUCUGUUUAGCUGUGUAGAGUGUAAUGCAUAGGUGUUCCUGGCAUUAGGUGCACUUUCAAAAGCAGUUCUAUAAACCCAUUUAUUAUGAAUGUGCCAUUUGGAGACUUCAAAUGUUCUCAAGACUUGCUUCAAAUCUGAAAGGUAGAGUGAAAUUACUUUCCUAGUAGGAGAGGAGUUUGAGCAAACCUCGGUUGCUGGAGCUGGUUUAUGAAAUUUGACAAGGAGAUACUUCAGCUGCCUGAAAAAUUUCUCAAAUCGUAGAGAAGCAUGACUUUUUCAAAUCAUAGUCUGUAACUUGUUUGUUUUAAAUACACAGCAUUUCCACUAUGAUCUCAAAUUCUUUAAAAAAAAAAAAAAGUUUCAUUUAGUAACCUACAUUUUAGAAUUGAUUGCUAGUGUUGAAUAAACACUCUGAAACUUUGUCCUGGUUGUUAGAAUUGUUCUGACAACCACGACCUGGAAGCAAAAGGAAAGAGGGUCUCUAGUGUCCUUGUUGCUCAUACCUGCUAUCCGUGCAUCCUGAACAAGAAGCCUAUCUUGAAUGAUGCAAAGCCAAGAAUACAGGGAUGGAAUAGGAUUUGAGCAGAAAAAGGAAAGAGAACUGCGUGUGGACGAGAAGACAGCAUCUGAAUAGAGACUUUUUUCUUACCCAUUGAAUGUUUUCUUCACCUUCAUUUUUUAACAGCAAUGCCAUCUUUCUUGUAGAAACUUCAUGAGAUACAGUAGCAUCAUGGUGGAUGUAGGAAAGUGGCCAAUAUUUACUUUACUGUCACCUCAAGAAAUAGCGUCUAUUCGAAAAGCGUGUGUAUUUGGUACCUCAGCCAAUGAAGCUAUAUAUAUAACACACAAUGAUGAGGUGUUUGUUUUUGGACUGAAUUGCAGUAAUUGUUUGGGAACUGGAGAUAAUCAGAGCACAAUAGUACCAAAGAAAUUAGAAGCCUUGUGUGGAAAGAAGAUUUCCAGUCUCAGUUAUGGAAGUGGACCGCAUGUUGUACUUUCCACUGAAGAUGGUGAAGUUUAUGCCUGGGGACAUAAUGGUUACAGCCAGCUUGGGAAUGGCACAACCAAUCAGGGCAUUACUCCUGUUCAAGUCUGCACAAAUUUGUUAAUAAAGAAAGUGGUGGAAGUAGCUUGUGGCUCUCAUCAUUCCAUGGCGUUAUCAUUUGAUGGGGAUCUAUAUGCUUGGGGCUAUAACAACUGUGGUCAAGUUGGAUCUGGAUCUACAGCAAACCAGCCAACUCCUCGUAGAGUUUCAAACUGUUUACAGGGUAAAAUGGUAGUUGGCAUUGCUUGUGGUCAGACGUCCUCCAUGGCUGUAGUAAACAAUGGUGAGGUUUAUGGCUGGGGUUACAAUGGUAAUGGUCAGCUAGGUCUUGGAAACAAUGGCAAUCAACUAACACCAUGCAGAGUGGCAGCAUUACAUGGUGUGUGCGUUCUCCAGAUUGCCUCUGGCUAUGCGCACACACUAGCACUAACAGAUGAGGGUUUGCUCUAUGCCUGGGGAGCUAACACUUAUGGGCAGCUGGGAACUGGCAAUAAAAGUAACCAGCUAAGCCCGGUGCAGAUCAUGAUGGAAAAAGAAAGGGUUGUGGAGAUUGCAGCCUGCCACUCUGCUCACACUUCGGCUGCCAAGACCCAGAGUGGCCAGGUGUACAUGUGGGGCCAGUGCCGAGGCCAGUCUGUGAUCUUUCCCCACCUCACUCACUUUGCCUGCACUGACGAUGUGUUUGCUUGCUUUGCUACCCCUGCUGUUAUGUGGCGUCUUCUAUCAGUAGAGCAUGAAGACUUUCUAACAGUAGCAGAGUCUCUGAAGAAAGAGUUUGACAGCCCAGAAACCUCAGAUCUAAAGUUCCGUGUGGAUGGAAAGUACAUCCAUGUUCACAAAGCUGUUCUGAAGAUCAGGUGUGAACACUUCAGAACCAUGUUCCAGUCAUACUGGAAUGAGGACAUGAAGGAAGUGAUAGAAAUAGACCAGUUUUCUUAUCCUGUGUAUCGUGCCUUUCUUGAAUACUUGUAUACAGACAGUGUUGACCUUCCACCUGAAGAUGCUAUAGGGCUUUUGGAUUUGGCUACUUCUUAUUGUGAAAAUAGACUGAAAAAACUAUGUCAACACAUUAUCAAGAGAGGAAUCACUGUGGAAAAUGCAUUUUCAUUGCUCUCUGCUGCUGUCAGAUACGAUGCAGAGGAUUUAGAAGAAUUCUGCUUUAAGUUUUGUGUCAACCAUUUGACGGAAGUGACACAAACUGCAGCGUUUUGGCAAAUGGAUGGUCCUCUGCUAAAGGAAUUCAUUGCUAAAGCCAGUAAAUGUGGAGCCUUUAAGAACUGAAACAAGAGGCUGUAAGUUUUCGGUGAUUGCAAGGUUUUUUUGCAGAUGGCAUGGUAUAACAGGCUGGCAAAAGUGUACAGAUAAACCCACAUAACCUGGUCUCUUUUAUCAGAAGAUGUGAAAGCCUGUAUUUAAAAAAAAAAAAAAAAACACAAAACAAAAACCAAAUGUUUUCUGUGUUCCAGAAGAAUGAACUGUUGAGUAAAUAUCAACCAAAAUACUCAGUUGCAUUUAGCAACUGAGGAUGUUGGAACAGCUCAGGACUUCAAAUGGAGAGAGAAAAAUUGCAGCAUGCAAAAGAUACCAAGUGGUGUUAAGGACUUAUUUUUCAGGCUAGGAUGUCUCAAUUCGAGCACCAUCUGUUAAUAUUUUAAAUGCAGUACUUGGGGUACUGGCCUUUUGGGGUUAGAGAACAGUCUCUCACCUGAGCCACUGAAUGAUGUCACUUGAAACAUUAACUCCAUGGGAUUAUGACAAAGCAAAUGGCAUGGAUAUCUUUUAUUGCGGUUGCAUGAUUGUGAAUAAAUUUGCCAUUUGCUGUGUGUAAUUAACCAAGUGUAUUUCAGUACUUAGAAAAGUGUACAGAAAUAAAGUAUCCUCAAAGCCUAGGUAAGUAACUUUGAAGAAAGGGGUAACUAACAGAUCUAAUAAUUGGAAAUAAAGCUCUAUAUUUGGGUAUACCUUAAUAUAAGUUGUAAUAUGUACUUUGUGUGAACUGUACAAGCAAUAUUUUUAAAGGUUAAUGAAAGAUUUACCUCUGGUGAUAUCAGAUUAAAUUGCUUCCCCUAGAGGGGAAGGGCUAUACUGUUUUUGAAGUUCUGUUUCCCUUCCCCCUCCCCCCCCCCCACCAACCA